AUGCCCCGCUACAUCCACGACAUCGACGGCGUGCCGUGGUUCAUCGAGCGCGACUCGUCGACAUUCCCCGGCCAAGGGUUCGCCCUCGAAGUCGCCGAAAUCCUCCACGAAGAACAGCUGGAAUUCCAGCACAUUCUCAUCUUCCGCCUGACCACUUACGGCAAUGUGCUUGUUUUAAACGGUAUUGUCCAGUGUACCGAGCGUGAUGAAUUUGCUUACCAAGAGCUCAUCACUCACGUGGCGAUGAUGGCUCACCCAUCACCCAAAAAGGUGUUGGUGAUUGGCGGCGGUGAUUGUGGUGUGCUUCGAGAAGUGGUGAAACACAGUGACGUCAUUGACUCGGUGACGAUGGUGGAGAUCGACCCUUCAGUGAUUAAAUUACUGCAAAAAUAUUUACCACAAAUGACUACUGCCAUUGACCACCCCAAAGCCACCAUUACCAUUACCGAUGGGUUUAAAUUCCUUCAACUGGCUUCCGGGGAGAACUAUGACGUCAUCAUCACCGACCUGCUGGACCCUGAAGGACCCGCCAUGGAGUUCUUCGAGACGCUGUACUUCAGUUUGCUCAAACAGGCGUUAUCGCCGCAGGGUGUCGUGAUCAUGCAACUGAGCGAAAACGUGUGGCUCAACUUGGCGUACUUGAAACAACUCACCGAUAAAGCGCGGCUGGUGUUUGCCAACGUCGCCUAUUGUCAGUGCUACAUGCCGUCGUAUACUGGCGGCCAGUUGGGUCUUGUGGUAGCGCUGCCCGAUGCGGCAGUGGACUUACGUCAGCCGCAACGGCCAUUGCCUCAGCAGCAGACGUUCAAAUACUACUCUCCAGAAAUGCAUCGGGCCUCGUUCGUGUUGCCGACGUGGGCCGCGGCGGAAUUGCACCAGCACUAA